UUGGUACCAUCUGGUAAAGUAGUCUACAUCUAGAUAGAACCAUUAACCAUGAAACUGAUCGCAGUCACCAUCAUCGCUUGCAUCCUGCUCAUCGGAUUCUCCGAUCUAGCCUCGGGAUGUGCCUGUGAGUGCCAACCAUGUGGUCCUGGUGGACAGGCCUGCAAGAACUGUCCCGAAAAGGUCCAACUUUGUCGGGAGCUCAUCGGCAAUAUUCGCAAUAUCCAGCAGAAGAUUCUGAAGUGCGUCUGCGGAGAACCAGAAUGGAUGAUUUAGAAACCAUUCACUUUUAAAGAUCGUGAAAUUUCCCCUUAAUAAAAUUGUUAUUACUGCUUCAAAAAAAAAAGUA